AUGACUCCCCGUAUUGUGACGGGGCUGCAGUCCUUGAGCAGAGCACAAAAAGCAGCAACUCAGCCUCAGAACUCCGACGACCACGAGCCGUCUCUCGAAAACCCAGCUAUCGGCAACCCUGUUUCUCAUUCACAAGUAGUGGAUAUAUGGAAAGCGCUCAACGAUAAUUGUCAUGGAGAUUACAGUCUGGAAGAACUUCUAAAAGGAUCCAAGGUCUACGUACCGCCUCCAACCCCGAAGUCCGAGCCGUCGGACGACUACAAGGCACUCAUGGCGCGACUUCGCCGGGAGCAGGAACAGCGGGAGUAUGAACGCAUGGCGAAUCCGCUGCCACCGAUGGAGACCUUUUCUCAGCGGUAUUCGAACGGCGCAAACAUGGCUCAAGCGUUUGCGGCAGUGAAUCGACCGACUCAUGAAGGGGACUUGGGCGAUGACGAUGUAACCCACACCGAAGUGCAUCGUCAGCUAAUGCUGGUUCUAAACUUCGUGGCGAGUAUACUGGGGGUUGCGGCGACGCUCUGGAUCGUGGCUAGGUGGUGGAGCACGCCAGCCAGGCUGUUUCUGACCAUGGGCGGAAGUUUUCUGGUUGGCAUUGCGGAGAUCGCCGUGUACUCUGGAUACAUAUGGCAUCUCAGCGAGGCCAACAAGAAGGACAAGGCUAUGAAGGAAGUCAAAGAAGUGCUCCAGACCUGGACGGUCGGGGUUGAAGACGAAGCCGUUGUGGUUGGUGGAAAGCCACGGGACCAUGACCCAAGCCUUCGGCAGCGGCAGAAGGAUCGCACAUAA